ACUUUAGGCCACCUGCUGGCUGCUGCAUCUUCCUCUCUCUCCAAAGACUUGAUCAAAUUCUGGCUAAAAAACUUCUAUAACAUUUACACGCAUCCCACAUGCAAUAGUGUUUCACACAGAGUGAGUGAGAGGGUUUUGGGACUUUGACGUGUCCUUUAACGGAAAAAUAAACACAGUCAGUGGUUAAAGCAAGCAUUGAAGACAGUGCCGUGUCUUCUUCUUCUACUUUGGUGUGUUGCUUUUUUUUUUUCAGAUAAGAAAAGCUUUUUCAUUUGGGGGUUUCUGAUUCUCAGAGUGAUAAUGCAUGUUUUUCUGUUUCUGGGUUUUGUCUGUUUUGGACAAGCUAUGGUUUUUGGAUGUGGAGUUUGAAUUUUGGGGUGUGUUGAGGAAGUUUUGGAGGGUAAAGCUGAGUAUGAAGGAGAACAGGAAUUCAAUGGUCACUGGGAAGGUUGUGGUGGUUGCAUUUAAGGCUUUGAAGGAGAUUCCAAAUACUGCUCUGGUGUGGGCUCUGACUCAUGUUGUGCAACCUGGAGAUUACAUAAAGCUUUUGGCAGUUGUUCCUUCAUAUACAUCAAGUAAUUGGGUAUGGGACUUUGCACGAUUCACCAGCGAUUGCACCAGAAGUCCCCAUUGGGCUCUCACAGGAACCAUUUCAGAUCAGAAGGAUGAGAUAGUGAACUCAUGCUCUCAGAUGGUGCAGCAGCUCCAAGAUGUUUAUGAUCCAGAGAAGAUAAGGAUCAGGAUUAAAAUACUCUCUGGCUCACCAUCUGGUGUUGUGGCUGCUGAAGCGAAGAAAGCUCAAUCAAACUGGGUUAUAUUGGACAAACAAUUGAAAUAUGAAAAGAAGCACUGCAUGGCACAGCUACAGUGCAAUGUUGUGAUUAUGAAAAGAUCUGGGCCUAAGGUUCUUCGCUUGAAUUUGGUCAACUCUCCGAACAAGGAACCUGAAGUGGCUUGUCAUUCAUUGUAUAGAUUAGAAUCCUCUCCAGAACACCUAAAGAGCAAGUUUGUACAGUGGAAUAUAAGUGGAGGGCCACCUGUGACUCCUACUAGUAGUUUUGACCAUGAAUCACCACUGACUGCGACUGAUAUGGGAUCAUCGUCCAUAUCAAGCUCAGAGAUGGGGAUUGAUUCAAUUUUACAUUCUGGAGUUCUCCAGAGAUUGAAGCAAGAAUUUUCGUCUACCAGUGGUAAUGAGAAUUUAAAUGAUUCUGACAAUGAGGUGAACAAUGAAAAGAUGGGGGCUUAUUUCACGAGUUCAUAUUGCCAGCCCUGGAUGGCAGAUUAUCUAAGUUCUGAUGGUGAAUUUUCAAGAUAUGGGGCCAGAGGUUCAGAGAGACCUUAUGAUAAAUCUAUGAUUUCGGCAUAUGGAGCCUUGCUAGAUAAGUUAGCUAAUUUAAAUCGAGAGCCUGAUGUUGGAGUCCUGAACUAUAGGCUGGAUUUGAACUUGAGUAGAAGUGUACGUGAAGUGAUUUCCCUACCUAGAAAUUUACCUUCUAUACCUCCUCCACUCUGCUCUGUAUGUCAGCACAAGGCACCUGUCUUUGGCAAUCCUCCUAGGUGGUUCACAUAUGCUGAGUUAGAACUUGCUACAUGUGGAUUUUCACAAGCAAAUUUCUUGGCUGAAGGUGGGUUUGGCUCCGUACACAGAGGUGUCUUACCACAUGGUCAGGUUGUUGCUGUUAAGCAAUAUAAAUUGGCUAGUUCUCAAGGAGAUCAGGAAUUCUGCUCAGAAGUUGAAGUCCUAAGCUGUGCACAACAUCGCAAUGUUGUGAUGCUAAUUGGAUUCUGUGUAGAGGAUGGAAGGAGGUUGCUAGUAUAUGAAUAUAUCUGCAAUGGUUCUUUGGAUUCUCAUCUAUACGGGAAACACCAACAUUCAUCACUAAAAUGGUUUGCACGACAAAGAAUUGCAGUUGGAGCGGCUAGGGGAUUGAGAUACCUUCAUGAAGAGUGUAGAGUAGGUUGCAUUGUACACCGUGAUUUGCGACCUAACAAUAUCCUUCUGACCCAUGAUUUUGAACCAUUGGUUGGAGAUUUUGGACUAGCAAGGUGGCAACCAGACGGAGAUAUUGGCAUGCAAACAAGAGUAAUUGGAACAUUUGGUUACUUGGCCCCAGAAUAUGCUCAGAGUGGAGAAAUUACGGAGAAAACUGAUGUAUACUCCUUUGGGGUAGUACUGGUGGAGCUUGUUACAGGACGCAAAGCUAUGGACCUAACCAAGCCGAAAGGCCAGCAGUGCCUCACCGAAUGGGCACGACCCUUGCUAGAAAAGCACGCGAUUAACCAAAUGAUAGACCCCCAGUUAAGGGACUGCUAUUCAAAGCAAGAAGUUUGUAACAUGCUGCGAUGCGCUUCUUUGUGCAUCAGGCGAGAUCCUCAUUCCAGGCCUCGAAUGUCUCAGGUGCUUCGGAUUCUGGAAGGUGACGACAUUCCUGUGAACUCCAAAUCAUUGUUAGUUGAGGGGGUUUGACUAGACACUUUUGUAGACAACCUAGAUGAUACCCGUACAUUUAUACUUUGAAACAAGAAAUGAAAGCAGUGUGUAUAGUUUCUACAUAGUACAGACUUGUCUGCAAUCCAUUUCUUAGGAGUUACAAGUACCCCUC